UCACCCUACAGCAGUUCAGGCUGUGUGGUUCGCAGGAAGCAUACACUGGCUUUUUGAUUCUUACUAGUUUUCAGUUCAUAUUUUGAGAAGAUCUAACACCAGCCUUCACGUCAAGGUGGGCCAAGGACAGUGAGGAGUCGGUGGUCCCCGCGGGGAGUCCUGCCAGACUGACAUGGGAAUCUUCUUGAAGGCCAAGGCCUUGCAGAUGUCACCAGGAAAGUGGUGAUCCAGACAAGACCAGGCUGCCCUGACCAGACAGAGAAAUGGAGGCAAACGACCAUUUUAACUUUACUGGCCUUCCCUCUGCACCUGCUGCCUCAGGACUGAAACCCUCUCCCUCAGGGGAGGGCCUCUACACUAACGGGUCUCCCAUGAACUUCCCACAGCAAGGGAAAAGUUUGAAUGGGGAUGUGAAUGUUAAUGGCUUAUCUACUGUAUCUCACACUACUACUUCAGGGAUUUUGAACUCUGCUGCCCACUCCUCCAGCACCUCACACCUCCAUCACCCCAACGUGGCCUAUGACUGUCUCUGGAACUACUCACAGUACCCAUCUGCCAAUCCUGGCAGCAACCUCAAGGACCCACCCCUUCUCUCCCAGUUCUCGGGGGGACAGUACCCACUCAACGGCAUUCUUGGGGGCAGCCGGCAACCUUCAUCCCCAAAUCACAACACUAACCUUCGAGCUGGGAGCCAAGAGUUCUGGGGCAACGGUACCCAGAGUCCAAUGGGACUUAACUUCGACUCACAGGAACUGUAUGAUUCCUUUCCUGAUCAGAAUUUUGAGGUGAUGCCCAAUGGACCCCCAGGUUUUUUUACCUCCCCACAGACUUCUCCUAUGUUGGGAUCUAGUGUCCAGACCUUUGUGCCCUCCCAGGAGGUAGGCAGUGUGAUCCAUCCUGAUGAGGCAGCAGAAAAGGAGCUGACUUCAGUUGUGGCAGAGAAUGGCACUGGCUUGGUAGGCAGCCUGGAGCUGGAAGAAGAGCAGCCAGAACUUAAGAUGUGUGGCUACAAUGGCUCUGUCCCCUCUGUGGAGUCGUUACACCAAGAGGUCUCAGUCCUUGUUCCUGACCCCACAGUAAGCUGUUUAGAUGACCCUUCACAUCUUCCUGAUCAACUAGAAGACACUCCAAUCCUCAGUGAAGACUCUCUUGAGCCCUUUGACUCUCUGGCACCAGAGCCAGUGAGUGGAGGACUUUAUGGUAUAGAUGACACAGAACUGAUGGGUACAGAGGACAAGCUGCCUCUUGAGGACAGUCCUGUGAUCUCUGCCCUUGAUUGCCCUUCCCUCAAUAAUGCUACUGCCUUUAGCCUCCUGGCGGAUGACAGCCAAACAUCAGCUUCUAUCUUUGCCAGCCCUGCCUCUCCACCUGUCUUAGGGGAGUCUGUUCUGCAAGAUAACAGCUUUGACCUGAAUAAUGGCAGUGAUGCCGAACAGGAAGAAAUGGAGACUCAGGGUUCAGAUUUCCCACCACCCCUGACCCAGCCAUCCCCUGACCAGCCUUCCACUAUUCAAAUUCAACUACAUCCAGUAGCCUCACCAGCAGUCUCACCAACAGCCUCCCCAGAAGUCUCCCUGUCAGUUUCUCCAGCACCCUCUCCACACCUCUCUCCAACAACUUGCCCAGUCGUCUCUCCCAGUUCCUCAGCAGUCCUCCCAGCAGUGUCUUCGGAAGUUGCCUUGACAGCUCCAGUGAGCUCCCCAGCAGCCUCCCCUGUAACUUUCCCAACUUCUGCCUCCCCAACAAAUAAAGAUGUCAGCAGCUUCCAUGAAGCCAGUGGUAACCUGGAAGAGAUCAUGGGAGAAGAAGUCACUACUUCUGGUAGUGCUGAUGUCCUGAGGAGACGUAUUGCUACUCCAGAAGAAGUUCGUCUUCCCCUUCAACAUGGGUGGCGGAGAGAAGUGCGCAUCAAGAAGGGCAGCCAUCGAUGGCAGGGGGAGACCUGGUAUUAUGGCCCCUGUGGAAAGAGGAUGAAACAGUUUCCAGAAGUGAUCAAGUACCUGAGCCGCAAUGUGGUACACAGUGUGCGCCGUGAGCACUUCAGCUUCAGCCCUCGUAUGCCUGUUGGAGAUUUCUUUGAAGAGAGAGACACACCAGAGGGCUUGCGAUGGGUUCAACUCUCAGCAGAAGAGAUUCCAUCCAGGAUUCAAGCAAUUACUGGCAAACGGGGUCGACCUCGAAACAAUGAGAAAGCAAAGACCAAGGAAGUCCCCAAGGUGAAACGGGGCCGAGGUCGGCCACCCAAGGUCAGAACCCCUGAGCUGUUGAAUAAGACAGACAACCGUCUCCCAAAGAAACUGGAGGCCCAAGAAACACUGACUGAGGAAGAUAAAGCAAAGAUGAGUAAAAGCAAAAAGAAGGUGAAGCAGAAGGUACAACGAGGAGAAUGUCAGGUUCCUGUUCAAGGGCAGGCCAAAAGCAAGCGGAAACCGGAGACCAAGAGCUUAAAACAGAAGGAUGCCAAGAAGAAACUAAAGGCUGAGAAGGAAAAGACAAAGAUAAAACAGGAAAAACUGAAGGAAAGAGUGAAGAAGGAAAAGAAAGAGAAGGUAAAAAUCAAGGAAAAGGAUGAGGUGACCAAAGCCAAGCCAACUUGUAAAGCAGAUAAGACCCUGACUACCCAGAGACGCCUGGAGGAACGGCAGAGGCAGCAGAUGAUCUUGGAGGAGAUGAAGAAGCCCACAGAGGAUAUGUGUCUAACUGAUCACCAGCCCCUUCCUGAGUUUAAGCGCAUCCCUGGCUUGACACUGCCCAGUAGGGCUUUCUCCGACUGCUUGACCAUUGUGGAGUUCCUGCACAGCUUCGGCAAAGUGCUAGGCUUUGACCCUACUAAAGAUGUGCCUAGCCUGGGGGUCCUGCAGGAGGGACUCCUGUGUCAAGGUGACAGCUUAGGCAAGGUGCAAGACCUGUUGAUACGGCUCCUAAAAGCUGCACUGUAUGAUCCUGGGUUACCCUCCUACUGUCAGUCUCUAAAGAUCUUGGGAGAGAAGGUAUGUGAGAUCCCACUGACAAGAGACAAUGUGUCGGAGAUCCUGCGCUGCUUCCUCAUGGCUUACGGAGUAGAGCCCACCCUCUGUGACAGCCUACGUACUCAGCCUUUUCAGGCCCAGCCACCCCAGCAGAAAGCUGCUGUCCUGGCCUUCCUUGUGCAUGAGCUCAAUGGCUCCACCCUCAUCAUCAAUGAGAUUGACAAGACCCUGGAGAGUAUGUCCAGCUGUAGGAAAAAUAAGUGGAUUGUUGAAGGCCGACUCCGAAGACUGAAAACUGCUCUGGCUAAGCGAACUGGGCGGCCUGAGGUUGAGGUAGAAGGACCAGAGGAAGGCCUGGGACGGAGGCGCAGUUCUAGAAUCAUGGAAGAAACCAGUGGCAUGGAAGAAGAAGAAGAAGAAGAAGAGGAGACUAUAACAGCUGCCCAUGGCCGAAGGGGUCGAAGAGAUGGAGAGGUUGAUGCUGUAGCAUCUAGCAUCCCGGAGUUAGAGCGUCACAUAGAAAAACUCAGUAAGCGUCAGCUCUUCUUUCGCAAAAAACUACUGCACUCAACCCAGAUGCUUCGUGCAGUCUCACUGGGGCAAGAUCGAUACAAACGCCGCUACUGGGUGUUGCCAUAUAUGACUGGUAUCUUUGUGGAAGGAGCAGAGGGGAGCCUAGUUCCUGAAGAUAUGAUAAAGCAGGAAACUGACUCCUUAAAGGUGCCAGUCCAUCCAGUACCUACUCCUGUGCUCUUCUCUGUGAAGAGAGAGUUAAGUGGCUCCAGCAUCUCUGCCAGUUCUCCUGCCCGGACACGAGGCCGACCUCGAAAAACUAAGCCUGGGUCUAUGCAAGCUCGGAACCUGAAGUCCUCUCUCAAGGGCGAGAAUUCCGAACAAUCCCAGGCCCAGCUUCAACCCAAGGCACAGCCCCAUCCUCAGCAUCAGGCUUCUACCCAGCCCAAGCCCCAGCUCCAGCCCCAGCCCCAGCCCCAGCCGCAACCCCAGCCCCAUUAUGAAUUCCUGGAGCCAGAAGGCUCCCCUUUGUCUUUGGGUCAGAGCCAGCAUGACCUCAGCCAGUCAGCCUUCCUGUCUUGGCUGAGCCAGACCCAGAGCCAUGGCUCCUUGCUGAGUAGCUCAGUCCUCACACCUGAUAGCAGCCCAGGAAAGCUAGACCCAGCCCCCGCACAGCCUAUGGAGGAACCUGAUAAGGCAGAGUCUGGCCCUGAUCCUCUAGCAUCCUGGUUUAACUUCACAGCCCAAGUGCCCUGCAAUGCUGCCCCUACUCCACCCCCUGCGGUUUCUGAGGACCAACCCACUCCUUCCUCUCAGCUGCCUGCCUCUGCCAAGCUAAUGAACAGACCUAGUGCUGCCAACCCCUGUUCUCCAGCACAGUUCUCUUCUACCCCCUUGACUGGCCUAACUCCUAAGAGGCGAGCAUCAGAUUCUGGAGAAAUACCACAGAGUCCCACAGUGCUGGGACAGCCGAAACGGAGAGGGAGACCUCCCAGCAAGUUCUUCAAACAGGUGGAGCAACGAUAUCUAACACAGCUGACAGCCCUACCUGUUCCCCCUGAGAUGCGCUCAGGCUGGUGGUGGAUCCAAGAUCCUGAAAUGCUAGAUGCCAUGCUCAAGGCCUUACACCCCCGAGGCAUCCGGGAAAAGGCACUUCACAAACACCUUAACAAGCACAGGAACUUCUUGCUAGAAGUCUGCUCACGGCCCUCAGCUGAUCCCAUUUUUGAGCCUCAUCAGCUACCUCCCUUUCAAGAAGGGAUUAUGAGCUGGUCACCCAAAGAGAAGACAUACGAAACAGACCUAGCUGUGCUUCAGUGCGUAGAGGAUCUGGAACAGCGAGUUAUCCUGUCUGAUCUGCAGAUUCGGGGUUGGAUGUGUCCUAGCCCAGAUUCUACUCGUGAAGACCUGGCCUACUGUGAACAUCUGCCUGACUCCCAGGAGGAUAUCACCUGGAGAGGUCGCAGCAGAGAAGGAUUGGCACCUCAGCGUAAAAGUACUAACCCUCUGGACCUGGCUGUGAUGCGACUGGCUGCUUUAGAACAGAAUGUGGAGCGGCGAUAUCUGCGGGAACCUCUCUGGCCCGCUCAUGAGGUGGUGCUAGAAAAAGCCUUGCUCAGCACACCCAACGGGGCUCCUGAGGGCAACAUGACAGAGAUCUCAUAUGAAAUCACUCCUCGUGUUCGUGUCUGGCGUCAGACUCUUGAGCGAUGCCGGAGUGCAGCCCAGGUGUGCUUGUGCAUGGGCCAGCUGGAGCGGUCCAUCGCCUGGGAAAAGUCUGUCAACAAAGUGACCUGUCUAGUCUGCCGGAAGGGUGACAACGAUGAGUUUCUUCUGCUUUGUGAUGGGUGUGACCGUGGCUGCCACAUUUACUGCCAUCGGCCCAAGAUGGAAGCUGUCCCAGAAGGGGACUGGUUCUGUGCUGUCUGUUUGGCCCAGCAGGUAGAGGAAGAGUUCACUCAGAAGCCUGGUUUCCCAAAGCGAGGGCAGAAGCGGAGAAGUGGCUGCUCACUAAACUUCCCAGAGGCUGAGGGGCGGCGGCGGCGGGUACUGUCAAGGGGCCGAGAGAGCCCAGCCUCAGUGCCCCGGUGCUCAGAAGAUGGGCUGUCACCCUCCAAGCGACGGCGACUCUCCAUGCGGAGCCACCACAGUGACCUCACGUUCUGCGAGAUUAUCCUGAUGGAGAUGGAGUCCCAUGACGCAGCCUGGCCUUUCCUGGAGCCUGUUAAUCCACGGCUGGUGAGUGGCUACCGGCGCAUCAUCAAGAACCCGAUGGAUUUUUCCACCAUGCGGGAGCGGCUGCUCCGGGGAGGGUAUACCAGCUCAGAGGAGUUUGCAGCUGAUGCCCUCUUGGUUUUUGACAACUGCCAGACCUUCAACGAGGAUGACUCUGAAGUGGGCAAGGCGGGGCACAUUAUGCGCCAGUUCUUCGAGAGCCGCUGGGAAGAGUUUUAUCAGGGAAAACAGGCCAAUCUCUGAGGCAGAAGAGGUGUGGAGUCACCUCGUGACCUCGUGACCUCCUCCGCACCUUCCAAACAAAACCUGCCAUUCACACCUGCUGAUGCUGCCCUGGGCCAGACUAAAGUCAGAUAGAGCUGAUUUUUGACCUGCCCUUGGCAGUACCCACAUCCUGUUACCCUUAGUCCCCUUUCAACCUUCCUCCUCCUGCUCCUCAAAUAAGAGGUGUGGAGAUGAGGUCCUUCUGGACUGAAAAGCCAAAAAGAAAGAAAAAUAAUUUUUCCUUUCUGUUUUAUUUCCUAAUUAAAAAUGGAGAGGGGGAAAGAAUUCCCUACUUCCUCCUCCUUACUUCCUCUCCCUCCCUGUCCACACCCCAGUGUAUUGGGGUGAUUUAACAAUAGCAAUAGUUCUUAGUGAAUGUGUGAAACCGAGAAACACUCUGUACUGUGUGCGGACCCGCAGUGACGGCCAGUAAAGUGGACUUAACCCCAGGCGUGUCGCCGACACAGGCCCUGGACAUGCUGCUUCCACGUGCAGACCCUCCCCGUCUUUCUUCCUCUUGGCUUCCCUUCCUUUUCAUCUUUUUUUUUUUUUUUUUUUCAGGUUUUCUUAUCUAAUAAUGUAAAAUUCUUAUGUACGGGUUCCUCCCUCAUUUUCCCCCAAAGGAAAAAAAUUUAGAAAUCCCCUAUUUUUUUCUUUGUUCUUAUCAUCCUGCUGAUAGCUGUCCCAUCUAAAAUGGUGGAUGCUCCUCACAUGCUGAGUUUCAAGCCUUUUCUGAAACUCUGGCUGGGGAGAAGGUGGCCAGCACCCUGGGCCUUCAGUCUCCUUCCCCACCUGCUUCCCAAACUUCCCUCUUGGGAACUCCUCAGGGACAACUACUGCUGAGUUUGGGUGCACCUCUGAGAUGCAGGCCAGCUAGCACUUGACUGGCCUCAGAGUGGAAGAGAGGGUGCGGUACAUGCAUGCGUGCAGUGCGUGCGUGCUUGCGUGCGUGCGCCGGCCUUGUUAUGAUGGGAGCCAUUUGUUUUCCCCAAGUGUCUGUCUUUAUUCCUACUGUUUCCCUUGUUUCAUACCAUCACUUCUAUGUCUUUGGGAAACCACAGGAACGAUUUCUCUGGGUCAUUUCUGUUCCAGCCUCUUCGAACUGUGCAAUCUUUCAGCAGGCGCACCCUUCCCCCUCAGGAGCUUUUAGUCUCACAUUUUUGCAGGGAGAGGGGUAGAACUGGAUCUUUCCUAAUCCCAUGAGCAUCUGUGUUUAGUUGUAUGCUUCUUCCUUUUAUCUGCUCGUACCCUGGGACCCCUUCCCCAGCAGCAGAGAUUCCUGAGCACAGGACGGGGAAGUAGAUGGGUUCUAGGUCCACUGCUCUCCCCAAGACUGUGCCCAGGUGAAGCCUCCAGUCUGAGCGGAAAACUCACUCCGACCAUAGCCAUGGCCCCGGCCUGCUCCUGCCCUGCGAAGCCCCUCCCACCAGAGAUUACGGGUACUUGCACUGGGGAGGUGGCUGCUGGCUGCUGGAGCAGAGCUGAGGCAUCAGAAAUGUCCACGGGUGCAGCGGCACACAGGGUGCCUGGCGGCGGAGCGACCAUUCCAGUACUUCUGGCAGCACUGAAGAGCCACCGGGGGCAGGGGCAGUGUAGGUCCUGGGCACCUCCUUAGUCCUGUACGUCCUCCCCCAGAGCCUAUUUCUAAAGUCGCCUUUUCUGUCAGAUAAACCUCAACUUUUAAUUUUAUUUGAGAUUUUUUUUUUUUUUUUGCUUUUAAAUAAGAGGUGGAUUGAAGAAUAUUUGAAUUGACUUUAUAUUAUGCAUAAAUAUUUAUAUUUUAUCUAAAUAACUGCGCUGUAACAAACUUUGUGUUAGACAUUUGGAACUGUUCUAGUUGGGCGCUCAUCUUUCUCCCCAUGGCAGUUUUCUCCUGGCGUAAAAGGUAGAUUAAUUUUCGUCGUUGGAGGUGGGGUGGGUGGGGUGAGGUCUCACUUGUCUGCUGUGGGUUCCUCUCCCAGCUCCCUCUCUAGGGACCAGGCAUUCUGCAGGGGAUUGGGAACUGGAGGGGUGGGGACAGCAGGGGCAGAGGGGCCAUAUCUCACUCUACUUUCCCCAUCUUCACUGCCCCUUGAGUUAGGUGGAUUUCUCUGCUGACAUGAGUAUUUGUAGGGAAGGCAAUGAAAAGACGGCCCCCACUCCCUUCUUUGUUCCCCUUCCCCUACCAGUCUGGUGACAGCAAGAAAACCACACCAUCGGCACCGUUUCCACGUUCCUUUUACAGCAAAAGGGACUGACUUUUUAUAUAACCAAAUGUGGUGUUUUAGUGACUUUUUGAUAAUGUACAGUUUUUUGUGAAUUUAAAUUUAUUUCUUUCUAUAUUUUUAGGACCAAUCUCAUUUUUAAUAAGGUUAAAAAAAGUCUAGAGAAAAAAGCCUCCUGUUUUUGCCAUGUGAUGUUCCACAAGUGCAGCUGUAGAAAAGUGCUUGUCAGUUGAAUAAAAACCACAUUUGAUAGA